AGCCCGGGUGCGGGGACGCCCGUGGCCCGGCUGCUCGGGGCCAGGCCCUGGACUCGGGAGCAGAGGCCAGAGCAGCCCCCGGAGUCCGAGGCCGGAGCCGAGGAGGAAUGUGACUGGGGUCGGCGGGGCGCGGGCGGACUCGAGCGCAGAGAUGGGGCAGCAGGUGGGCCGCGUCGGGGAGACUCCGGGGCUCCAGCAGUCGCAGCCCCGUGGGAUCCGGGGCAGCAGUGCAGCCAGGCCCUCCGGCCGCAGGCGGGACCCGGCGGGGCGCCCCGCGGAGGCCGGCUUCAAUAUCUUCACCCAGCAUGAUCACUUUGCCAGCUGUGUGGAGGAUGGAUUUGAGGGAGACAAGACUGGAGGCAGUAGUCCAGAAGCCUUACACCGUCCCUAUGGUUGUGAUGUUGAAUCGCAGGCACUAAAUGAAGCCAUCAGAUGGAGCUCCAAGGAGAACUUGCUUGGAGCCACUGAGAGUGACCCUAAUCUCUUUGUUGCACUUUAUGAUUUUGUAGCAAGUGGCGAUAACACACUCAGCAUUACUAAAGGUGAAAAGCUACGAGUGCUUGGUUACAACCAGAAUGGUGAGUGGAGUGAAGUUCGAUCCAAGAAUGGACAGGGUUGGGUGCCAAGCAACUACAUCACCCCAGUGAACAGUCUGGAAAAGCACUCCUGGUACCACGGACCUGUGUCACGCAGUGCGGCAGAGUAUCUACUGAGCAGUCUCAUCAAUGGCAGCUUCCUGGUGCGAGAAAGUGAGAGCAGCCCAGGGCAGCUCUCCAUCUCGCUCAGGUAUGAGGGUCGUGUGUAUCACUACAGGAUCAAUACCACCCCAGAUGGCAAGGUUUAUGUGACUGCCGAAAGCCGCUUCAGCACUUUGGCAGAGCUUGUUCACCAUCACUCCACGGUGGCUGAUGGGCUGGUGACAACAUUACACUAUCCAGCACCCAAGUGUAAUAAGCCUACAGUCUACGGUGUGUCCCCUAUCCAUGACAAAUGGGAAAUGGAACGAACAGAUAUUACCAUGAAGCACAAACUUGGGGGUGGCCAGUAUGGAGAGGUUUAUGUCGGCGUCUGGAAGAAAUACAGCCUUACGGUUGCUGUGAAAACAUUGAAGGAAGAUACUAUGGAGGUGGAGGAGUUCCUGAAAGAAGCUGCAGUAAUGAAGGAAAUCAAGCAUCCUAAUCUCGUACAACUAUUAGGUGUGUGUACUUUGGAGCCACCGUUUUACAUCGUGACGGAGUACAUGCCAUACGGGAACUUGCUUGAUUAUCUCCGAGAAUGCAACCGAGAAGAGGUGACUGCAGUUGUACUGCUCUACAUGGCCACUCAGAUCUCUUCUGCAAUGGAGUACUUAGAAAAGAAGAAUUUCAUCCACAGAGAUCUUGCAGCUCGUAACUGCUUAGUGGGAGAAAACCAUGUGGUGAAAGUGGCUGACUUUGGCUUAAGUCGGUUGAUGACUGGAGACACCUAUACUGCACAUGCUGGAGCCAAGUUUCCUAUCAAGUGGACAGCACCAGAGAGUCUUGCCUACAAUACCUUCUCGAUCAAAUCCGAUGUCUGGGCUUUUGGAGUGCUGCUGUGGGAAAUUGCUACAUAUGGAAUGUCACCGUACCCAGGUAUUGACCUGUCUCAGGUCUAUGAUCUACUGGAAAAAGGGUAUCGAAUGGAACAGCCUGAAGGAUGCCCCCCUAAGGUUUAUGAACUUAUGAGAGCUUGCUGGAAGUGGAGCCCUGCUGACAGGCCUUCUUUUGCGGAAACUCAUCAAGCUUUUGAAACCAUGUUCCAUGACUCCAGUAUUUCUGAAGAGGUAGCCGAGGAGCUUGGGAGAGCCGCCUCCUCCUCAUCUGUUGUUCCACACCUGCCCCGAUUACCUAUACUUCCUUCUAAGAUCCGGACCUUGAAGAAGCAGGUGGAGAACAAGGAGAACAUCGAAGGGGCGCCCGACGGCACAGAGAAUUCUGCCGCCAGCUCCGCGCCAGCAGGGUUCAUCAGAAGUGCACAGGCCCCCAGCGGGUCCCCAGCCCUGCCUCGAAAGCAGAGAGACAAGUCCCCCAGCAGCCUCUUGGAAGAUGCCAAAGAGACCUGCUUCACCAGGGAUAGGAAAGGAGGCUUCUUCAGCUCCUUCAUGAAAAAGAGGAAUGCUCCCACACCCCCCAAACGCAGCAGUUCCUUCCGAGAAAUGGAGAAUCAGCCCCACAAGAAAUAUGAGCUCACGGGUAACUUCUCAUCUGUUGCUUCUCUGCAGCAUGCCGAUGGGUUCUCUUUCAUGCCUGCCCAGCAAGAGGCGAACCUGGUGCCGCCCAAGUGCUAUGGGGGGAGCUUUGCACAGAGGAACCUUUGUAAUGACGAUGGGGGUGGGGGUGGGGGGAGUGGCACUGCUGGGGGUGGGUGGUCUGGCAUCACAGGCUUCUUUACACCACGUUUAAUAAAAAAGACGCUGGGCUUACGAGCAGGCAAACCCCCAGCCAGUGACGACGCCUCCAAGCCUUUUCCAAGGUCCAACUCAACAUCUUCCGUGUCCUCAGGGCUUCCAGAGCAGGAUAGGAUGGCUAUGACUCUCCCCAGGAACUGCCAGAGGGCCAAACUCCAGCUGGAAAGGACAGUGUCUGCCUCCUCUCAGCCAGAAGAGAAUGUGGGUAGGUCCAAUGACUUGCUUCCCAAAAAGUCGGAGGAAGGUGCUGCUCCAGCCAGGGAGAGACCAAAAGCCAAACUCCUGCCCAGAGGGGCCACAGCGCUCCCUCUCAGAACUGCCUCUGGGGAACCAGCCGGUCCAGAGAAGGACUCUCCGGGGCUGGGGGUGGCGGGAGUGGCGGCUGCCCCCAAGAGCAAGGAGAGGAAUGGUGGGAGCCGGCUUGGGAUGGCUGGAGUUCCAGAAGAUGGAGAACAGCCAGGGUGGUCAUCUCCAGCCAAGGGGGCGGCAGUCCUGCCAACCACUCACAACCACAAAGUGCCCGUCCUGAUCUCCCCCACUCUGAAACACACUCCAGCAGACGUGCAGCUCAUCGGCACAGACUCUCAGGGGAACAAGUUUAAGCUCUUAUCCGAGCAUCAGGUCUCAGCCCCUGGAGACAAGGACCGACCCCGACGGGUAAAACCAAAGUGUGCCCCGCCACCCCCACCAGUCAUGCGACUACUGCAGCAUCCGUCCACGGUCUCAGACCCUCCAGAAGAGCCGAGUACUCCUGCGGCAGCACAGCCCGCACCAGAAACCCAGGAUGGUGGGAAAAAGGCAGUGCCCGGGGCCGUACCCAUCAGUGGGAAAGCUGGGAGGCCAGCAGUGCCUCCCCCUCAAGUGCCUCUGCCCACAGCUUCCAUCUCGCCAGCCAAAAUGGCCAACGGCACAGCAGGUACUAAAGUGGCUUUGAGAAAAACCAAACAGGCAGCUGAGAAAAUCUCAGCAGACAAAAUCAGCAAAGAGGCCCUGCUGGCAUGUGCUGACCUACUGUCCAGCGCAGUCACGGAACCUGUGCCCAACAGCCAGCUGGUGGACACUGGACACCAGCUGCUCGACUACUGCUCAGGCUACGUGGACUGCAUCCCUCAAACCCGCAACAAAUUUGCCUUCCGAGAAGCCGUGAGCAAACUGGAACUCAGCCUGCAGGAGCUGCAGGUGUCGUCAGCCGCUGCUGGGGGACCCGGGGCAAACCCUGUCCUUAAUAAUUUAUUGUCAUGUGUACAGGAAAUCAGUGAUGUGGUGCAGAGGUAGCCACUGGGCGUUGAGUGGGGAGAUGCAUAUCUUCUGAGGGAGAGGGCAGGGGGACUUCUUUUCCUGUGUUCUUGUUUUCAACAAAAUGAAAGACUGAUAAUUGAGUGUGUUUAUGUGAAGUACCUCAGAUCGCUGAGUUCUCACGUUUACAGGGUCAUCUCAGAAAUAUCAAAAAGCAAGCUACAAAGUACAGGAAAGGAAAAUGAGGUUGAAGCAGACCAGUCAUUGUCAGGGCUGCAAGUUGCACAGGAGAAUCAGGGAACUUGGCGAAUGUCGUGCCACAAAUAAAGUCAGCCAGUUUCUUACCUGAGGUGACAUGAGGCGGCUAGGUGUGGCUGAACGCAGCAGGGCUGCGACACCAGUUCUGGUCCACACAUGAAGGAGUUGACCUGGGUACUAAGGGUGAGGAAGUACCAACUCACCUAGUGAAUCUAUUGGGUCAGGGCAAAGGCAGGCUGGAAAAGUACCAAGAGACGUUGGGUUCGUGUUGUGGAAGUAGCUAUUGGCCUUGCCUCCACAAGGUCGUUGCCAUUGUAGUAAGAACACCAAAUCAAAUGACUAAAAUACACAGUGGGCAAAUAAAGAAUGCUGGGAAGUUUAAUCAGGGAGCUCAAAAGCCUCUUCCCAAAAUCCUGAAUUGAUCAGCUGAGGUCACUUCUACUCUGAGCAUUACUUCCUAAUGGACCCCGAUGGCUUUCUGCUUUUGGGUGCCCACUGACAAGCCAGAAGCACAGGGAUCUCUUGGCUCUCCAUACUGACUCUUCUUCACCCCCUGCUGGGAAGGCUAACUUCCUUUGUUGCCGGCAGCCUUUGGGGCAUUACCCAGGAUUGAUUUUGGAAACUGGUCACGUACAAAUCCUCCCAGGAGUGUGCCCCUGUAUUCUGACAUACUGUCCAAGGAUUCCAACAGCUGCAUGCCGAACAAUUAAACUAUCAAGGUGGGAGCCUCUUGUUGAGAUCCAAACUGCCAGGCUCAGAGGCCCCGGGCUGGGAGAAGAAGCUGGCUUGGUCCUACUGGCUGUUUCUUGUUGCCGUUCCCCUCUCACAACCCACCUUUGAGCCAAUCUAGUUAGAGAGUGGAAGGGGCCACUGUCUCCCUCGCUCUGGAUGUCCAGUAGAAUGGCCCCACCUGGUUAUUGCAUGCGUCCCUCUCACAUUUCCCCUCCUCACCUCUGUGCUUUUUUGUCAAGAUCGCAUCAGGGACAGGCUUUGGUAUUUAUUUUGUAAUUCCCCUUUAUUUUAAGAAUUAUAACUGAAACACGACAGUUGCAGGGAGCACCAACCAGACCCCAGAAACUCAAUGACGUAACCCUCAAUUUAUGUUUUGUCCGUUGUCAUUUCUAAUGACAGUACUAAUGGGUUAGAUGUCAAUAUCCUAGUAUUAGGUUUAUCCCAAUCACCACUUGUCUUCCGUGAAAGUUUUAUGACACACACACACACCAACCAAGAGAGCCCAGUACAUAAUAUUUCAAUUUUUCUUCCCAAAGGAAUAUGAACUUAGGAAGGUAGGAAUUCAGCGUUAAUGAACACUGGGUUUUCUCCCUGGCUCUGCCAUUGAUCCACUGUCAAGCCACAGCCUCAUCUCUUAAUCUCUGAAAAGAAGGUAAUGAUACAUGUUCUCAAGAGCGUUUUGCAAAUAAGUAAGUGCACAGCUAUUCCUAGGAGAGCGAUCCUCUCUGGAAAGCUCUUGAGUGCAGUCUUGUUAGUCUGAACGGUUGUUUAUUCUCUCCAGUGCUCAGUAACAGGUAUUAGUGAAAUGUCUAGUAACUGUGCUAGAAUACCCUAUGGGGCAGCUCUGCUCUGCACGAGAGGGCACACCAGAAGUU